AUUUAAAACUCAUUCGAAACACUACACAGAGAACAAAUAAUUAUUGCAAAUAACAAUUAAUAAAAAAUGAAAAAAUUAUUAAUAAAUUGUUUAGCACUUUUGUGCUGCAUACAAAUAGCCUUGGGACAACAAGCAAAUAAAAGAGUAGUAUGCUACUACGACUCAGAAAGUUCCAUAAGACCAGCGUUCGCCCAAUUGCCACAACAUGAAUUGGAAUAUGGUCUACAGUUCUGCACCCAUCUUAUCUACGGCUAUGCUGGCUUAACACGUGAAACUUAUGAUAUUUUCAGUUUGAAUGUGGAUCGUGAUAUGUUCCAUUAUCGCCAGAUAACCGCCUUGAAAGCGAAAUUUCCUCAAUUGAAAAUUUAUUUAAGUGUGGGUGGCGAUAAGGACAUCGAUGAAGUGGAUGCUAGUAAAUAUAUACACUUUCUGGAGGGCGGUAAACCUUUGUAUCAAAAUUUCAUACACUCCUCGAUUAAUCUGCUUAAGACAAAUGGUUUUGAUGGUUUGGAUUUGGCAUUCCAAUUUCCACGCAAUAAGCCGCGUAAAGUUCACUCACAGAUUGGUAUGGUUUGGAAGAAGUUUAAGAAAUUGUUUACGGGCAACUAUAUUGUGGACACCGAAGCCGAGACCCAUAAGCAACAGUUUACGGAAUUUGUGGCUGAUAUGAAGAAUGCCUUUGUCAUUGCGAAUUUGUCAAUGACCUUGACAGUGCUGCCGAAUGUUAAUUCGACAUGUUUGGGCAAAAUGUUAAAUCCCGAUCUAGAAAUAGCUUUGCAAUUCUGUUCACAUUUGGUUUAUGGUUAUUUGGGCAUCAAACCCGAUCUCUAUCAGGUCUACAGUUUACACGAAGAUUUGGAUGUACACCGGCAUCAAUUCUCUGAAAUAACCGCUUUAAAAAGGAAAUUUCCCCAUUUAAAGAUUUUACUCAGUAUUGGUGGUGACAAAGAUAUUGAUGCCGAUCAUGCAAAUAAAUAUAUUGAAUUAUUGGAGGGUGAACGUGUCAAACAGACAGCCUUUAUAAAUACCGCCUAUUCAAUGGUACGUUCAUAUGGUUUUGAUGGCAUCGAUUUAGCUUUCCAGUUUCCCAAGAAUAAACCACGCAAAGUUCAUUCAGACAUUGGCUCUGUAUGGAAAAAGUUUAAGAAAGUCUUUACUGGUGACUUUAUUGUGGAUCCCAAUGCGGAUAUGCACAAGGAACAGUUUACAACGUUGGUGAGAGAUUUGAGAAACGCUCUAAAACCUGAUGGCUUAUUGCUGACUUUAACUGUUCUCCCCAAUGUUAAUUCGACCUGGUACUUUGAUGUACCGGCUGUUUCCAGCAUGGUAGACUUUGUUAACUUGGCCGCUUUCGAUUUUGUUACACCCGAACGCAAUCCCAAAGAAGCCGAUUACACUGCCCCACUGUAUGAACUAUAUGACCAAAAUCGUUUACCUCACUAUAAUGCCGAUUUCCAAGUCUCGUACUGGUUGCAAAAUCAAUGUCCUGCUCAUAAAAUUAUCUUGGGCAUGGCUACAUAUGGCCGUGCUUGGAAACUAACUUCAGAUUCCGGAUCUACUGGUGUCCCGGUCAUACCGAAAACAGAAGGUGGAGCUGAGGCUGGCAUGCAAAGUCAAACUGUCGGCCUUUUGAGCUGGCCAGAAAUUUGUGCAAAACUUCCCAAUCCUGCCAAUGCUUUCCUUAAGGGUGCCGAUGCUCCUCUCAGACGUGUUGGUGAUCCCACCAAACGUUAUGGUUCUUAUGCUUAUCGUCCAGUUGAUGACAGUGGUGAAAAUGGCAUUUGGAUCAGUUACGAAGAUACUGAAUCUGCUUCGAAUAAGGCCAGUUAUGUACGCAGUAAAGGCUUGGGUGGAAUGUCACUGUUUGACUUAAGUUAUGAUGAUUUCCGUGGUUUGUGUACGGGUGAUAAAUAUCCUUUGCUGAGAGCAGUCAAAUAUCGUUUGUAAUCGCUUAAAUUAUUCUGAAUAUGUGUCAGUAAAUGUGUUAAUAAAGAUGAAAAGUUUAAUGUUUAAUUUGAAAUAA